UAAUAAUUAAGCUCUUAGCAAUAGAUUAAUUAACUAAACAUGAAUACAAACACAGCUUUCUUUCAAGUUCUCAUAGUUGCCUCAUUGUUUGUCCUAAUUUCUUGCAAGGCAAAAGAUCCCAAGGCAGAAGAUCUCAAGUCUUGUAAAUUCGAUAGAAUAUAUCAAUUAGGCGAUUCUCUUUCGGAUACCGGAAAUUCUAUAAUAGAAGUUCCUCCAGCUUAUCAUGCUCGAUUGCCUUACGGUGAAACUAUUGGAAAGGCAACUGGUCGACCUUCAGACGGAUAUUUAAUGAUUGAUUUUCUAGCACUUUCUGCCGGAGUUCCAUUGCUUCAGCCUUACGAGAAUCCAAAUUCGACAUUUACUCAUGGAGCGGAUUUUGCAGUUGCCGGUGUUACAGCUUUAUCUAAGGAAAAAUUAAUGGAAUUAAAACUUGAUCUUGGAUAUUCUAAUAGCUCCCUCAUUGUUCAACUUGGAUGGCUCAAAAAACUUUUAUCCUCUAUCUGCAAUGAUACAAAAGAUUGUCAAAAGAAACUUAAAUCCUCCCUCUUCUCGGUUGGGAUCGGGCCAAAUGAUUACGGCCGUGCAUUGUGGAAAAAUGUGAGCAUUGCAAAAACUAAGGAAACAAUGACACCAUUAGUUGUGCAAACCAUUAAAGAUGGCAUCCAAACGAUAAUUAGUUACGGUGCUAGUCGUAUAGUUGUCGAUGCAGCCUAUCCCCUUGGUUGCUCGCCAUCAUACCUAUCGUCUUUCUUGAAUAAGACUUCUGCUAUUGAUUCGUUUGGUUGUUUAAAGGAUUACAAUAGUAUUUAUGAAAAUCAUAACUUUCAACUUGGAAAAGCACUCGAAGAAUUACGAAAAGCGAAUCCACAUGUGAUCAUUGUUUACAAUGAUGUUUACAAUGCGACGUAUUCAAUAAUCAAAAAUCUUCGAACCCUUGGAUUUAAAACAUACAGAAAAGCUUGUUGCGGGAUUGGAGGAAAAUAUAAUGUUAGUCCUGGAUUGGAUAAAAUGUGUGGAGCUAAAGGUGUACCGAUUUGUCCAAAUCCUAGUGAACAUGUAUUUUGGGAUGGAGGCCAUUUCACUCAUCAUUCUAGCAAAGUUAUAUCACAUUAUCUGGUGAAAAGGAUGUUGCCUAAACUUAAAUGUAUUGCUUGAUAAAUAGUUAAUAAUCUUCGUAUAGAAUAUAUGUAUAUGUUUGAUGUAGAAAAAUAUACUAUUAUUUUACCCCUUUAAUGUAUGACUUCUG